GCUGUCGCUCCACCCCAGGAUGUCAAGUUCAAGUCUAUAAAUCUGCGGAACAUAGUGGAGUGGAGUCCUGGACCAGGGACACCGAAGGGGACAUGGUACGCUGUGGAGUAUGCAAUAUACGGAGAAGAGGACAAGGCAGCACCCGGCCAGGAGGUAUGGAAAGGGGUCAAGGCAUGCAAGAAGCUGAAGAAGACGAUGUGUGACCUAUCUGAUGAGACCAGUGACCCGGAUGAAAAGUACUAUGCCAGGGUCAAGGCUGUGGGCAAGAACGGAGCCUCAGAGUGGAACCACACAGACCGAUUCGACCCCGUCUUAGACACAACCUUUGGACCACCGGUCGUUAACAUUGUGGUGAAGGAGCGUCACAUGUUCUUCAACCUCACGGGUCCAAUGAGAUGGAGUAACAAAGAAAGCAAUGAACCUAUGGCAGAGUACUAUCCGGAGAGCCUGAUGCUGUACAACCUGUCCGUCCACAACAACAGGACUGGGCAAACGAGUCGGAUGCAUUCCAUUU